AUGGCUGGUUUCCUUCGCAAAAAGACGAAACAGGAGGUCCGAAGUCCACCAACCAUCUCUGGGCCAGUGACAUUGGCAUCGUCCGUAGCUCCUCCACCAUUGUAUGCCAAGUUUGCAACAGGCUCGACGUAUGAUGUCCAGGCGACGCCGCGGGUUGUUUCGUCUCCCACAAGCCCCCGCAAGGAUCGAGAGGUGUUAAUGAAGACGGCAGGAGGGGGAGGGAGGCUUGGAUCGGGGUAUUCGAGUGCUUCGCUGGCUGCAGGCAGUCGGGACGCUGAGCUGGCGCGGAGAAGAGUGCAGGAACUACCGCCGUCGACAACGAAGCCAACUCCUACGCCGUAUGACGCACCAGGAGAGCCGACAGUGCCGAGGCCGGUUUCGAAAGCCAUGCUGGACAAGCCUCUUCCAUCUCCAAGCUUCAACGACAUCCCUAGCGGAUUAGCACUACCUGCUGUGACUCGACGAACGACCGCUAAUCGUGGGCCGCCUCCAACUUUCCAGAAACAAAACGUACUUUCUCGGUCGUCGUUGGAUAUUCAAGAUCGGGAAAGCAAGCCGCUACCACGACCUGGCUCCGCUCAAUCAUACUACCAUGAUUCUAAACCACCGCCAUCGACCUUUAAUGCCACGCCUAGAAGACGUAAUGGAUCCGUCUCGAGCACGACCAAUGCCCCCCAGAUCAGCCCACCUAACCGCAAGCUGUACCCUUACCCCGACAACAAUUAUGCAAGCCAAACGCUGUCGCCGAAGCCAAAUGCGCACGGAAAUGGGCCACCAACAAUCAACGGCAACGGAAGUCUCGCAUCGUCAGGCAUCGAUACAGACAGCCAUCUCGAAUUCACCCCCAUGUCGGUCGGAGCGAUUGACUUACCUCCUGAGGCUGCUUUCUACCAAGAAUAUACGCAGACGAUCGCCGCGCCUAGCGUCCCGAACUCGUUAAACUCUCGUCGACCUGCAACUUCGAAUGGUAUUACCACGAAGUCUAUCGACCAGGUGCCUGAUUCGAGUAGACCCCAAUCGGGCACCUACGGGGAAAGGCAACAGCAUCCCAUUCUGCCUUCCUCAAAUCCUCGCUUUGCUUCCACUUCUCGACCUCUGCCAAUUCCAAGUCCUCCGUUACCGCCUCCCCCACCUGCGCAGGCGCCAGCAACCGAGAUGGGCGUCGCGGUUAGCCAGCCAUCAGUAUCUGAUCCUUUCCCAUCUUCCUACAAAGAUUUUUACCCGAACAAUGUCGCGGGCAACAUGAAUGGACGGAGUCCGACGUAUAACGGCUUCAGCAACGUAAAUUUCCAGCAGCCUGCUGCUCUUCAACAGCAACCGCAAUCACAAUCACAACAGCCUCCUGCUCGGUCCAACAGUCGCUCAACAUCAGCACCCUUGCCACCUGGCGCCGCGUUGCCUUCUCACUACCAACCCUUCCAACAUCCACGUCAAGAUGUUCCGGCCCCAGUGCCAGGCCAAUUCCCGAAUCCUCCACUGCAACGCCAACACCAGCACCGACAACCGUCUCUCCCCUACAUAUCUCCUCAACCGCCUACAGCACUCGAACCCCAGCCUCCACCAGUUCCUUUCCCAAAACCUGCUAGCAUGCAUGCAACGAGUGCCCCGAUGCCUAUGACGAGAGGCAAGCCACGUAUCUUCGCCGCUAUGGAAGCGCAGGAGAGCGAACCGCAGUCUGCACCGAGUUUCCAAUCACCUCCGCCUUCUCUCCACCCUCUAACCGAAUCCCACCAGCCGCAGACACAGCUGCAGAACCAAACAAAUGGGAUACAACGCGCUGCUACCCUUCCUCAGAAUCGAAACCCAAGCCCGAAUCCCAGCGUGGCGGUCCACCGACAAUCGUACGCAGAGCCGGCGGCAGAACCCUUGUUCAUGACCCCAAAAUCUCACCUGGAGCCUCUCCCAUCUUUCUCGAACGGAGUCGCGUCAGGCGCGUUGGACGUGGAUCCUGCUCUGAUGUUUACGUCCACGUUGUCUGCUUCGCCUCCGAAGCUUCCUGCCAUCGAACCGCAGCCGCUGGCGCAGACGUACACUCCGAAAGUGAAUUCAAAGUCAUUGCCUCGACAGUCUCAAGAUGACCCCCGUCCGAACACAAGCCAGGGGCUCCUUUUACCUCAGACCCCGCCGAGAGGGAGGAAGCUCAGCAAGACACGCAAUCCACCAGAUCCAGCGUCCAUCAAUGGGUCCAUAAGCACUCCAAACCACAAGUCCUCCCUGAAAGUCCGCCCGGGCACGCCCAGCUCCUCGCAUAAGGCUCCUUCCGUCUCGUUACAUUCCUACACAAACGGCCAGCUCGACCCUCCCAUUCAGCUUGACGAUGAGACCAUACGUAACGCGGGCAUCCCUCUCGAUGAUGACCCUUUCGCGCGUGUCGAGGGCGUGAAAUUGCUGAAGACCGCCACUCCGCCACCGCUCGCCACGAAGAAGAUGAAGGCGAAGGGGUCGAUGAAGGAGUCUUCGAACACGGAGAGCAUGUAUGAAGACGCCGUUGAUAUUGAUGGGAUGGAUGAAUCGAGGAAGACCAACAGUGUGGCAUUACCCUUGACCCCCGAAUCGCCUCAGCAUUUCAGGCAGACGAAGAAGGGGCUCACGGCGCCGCCUCCACUGACCGUCGAGCACGUCAUUGCGCAGAAGGCUCUCGUACCUAUGGACCCUAUGACUAUGCAUCAAUUCCUCUCGAAUCCUCAAGUGCUUGCUUGUUUGCUUUCGUUUUUGUCUUUCUAUGACUGGUGCAUCCUGUCUGCCUUGUCGAAGGAGAUACGGAUUCUUCUCGUGCGGGCGCCGUUGCUCCGGGAGGAGGUGCUGGAGAGGUUCUUGAAACCUGUUGGGUAUUCGAGGUGGUCGUGGGAUGAUAAAGAGCCUUUAUCGUUGUCUCUUCAGGAUUUAAGCGACUAUAUGCGCGGUGUAUCGACGCCAACACACGAAUAUGCCCGUGUCGCGGGCAUGUACGUCCAUUCCUUGUCAAUACACCCCAACCACCGUGAUCCUUUCCUGGAAGACACCGUUCGAAGCAUGACAUCCUCGACUCGUGCAUACACGCGUGUACUCCUACGCCUACGUGCUCAAGCAGAGAAGGAAGCUUCUCUCGCACAGACGUCUUCUCCGACCAAUCCACCACCAGUGUCUGUCAAGAAUCUCAACUUUUCUCCUAGCCGCGGUGGUGGGGGCACAACAUCUCGUGUGUCCAGUCGUGCACCGUCGCCAACCACCUCAAAUUAUUCUCAGUCGCAUCAUGGGCACGCGAACGGCAACGGUGUUGGAACGAUCCAGCCAGCUAACUCGACGACAAGCCUGACCUUCCGCUCGCCGUUGUUCCGACUUCGCCGAGCACCACUACUGCGCGUGUUCGUUCCAUCGCCCGAAGGAGACUGGCUAUCGGACAAAAGCGUGUUGGAGUGUGAGGCGGAGUGUAAACGGGCGGGCGUAGCCCACCUCAUGCGGCUAGGAGACGUAGUAUGGGACGUUGCUGUUGGAGACGAGGGCAACGUGGGCAGGCUGGUGUGGGAUGGAAGCUAUCUCAUCGAUCUGGACUACACAUACUCGGCGAUCGGUGAUCUUCCGAAGUACAUGCCAGCACUCGCCUUCCCGCCAUCGUACUUCCACAAGGUGAUACGAACAGGCUCACAGAGCACCAACCCGAUUGCACACAUCGACCUAUCAUCUUGGGGUGAGGAGAUCGCCAUGAACCUGCAGCUCCUCCAGGACCGUGUCAAGACGGAAACGCCGCAAGGAGCUUACCAUAACGUCAUGCGCUGGGUACAUCGCUCAUCAUUCACGAUACGAGGCUCUCGGGGUGGCCAACGUCAUCCCCACUCUGGCCCAAAGACUGCGCAAAACGGUCGCAUCCCCAUACCCGAUACAGAUAACCUGUUCGUCGACCCCGGGUGGUAUGGGACGCUCGUUGUAGAGACAGAAGGCACAAACGAGGCUCUUGCCGAUCUGCAAGAUCGAUGUGGCCCUGGGGCUUUUCCCCCUCGUCCUCGACCGUUGCAUGGGCAGAUCCACCAGGCACAAGUUGAGAAUAGGAAAGUUUUCAGGAUCUUGAGGGAGAGGAGUCGGCCAGGCGAGAUUUGGAUUCGUGCCGUUGGAGUAAAGGAGCGUUUGAUGUAA